AUCACGUAUCCGAACUCGACGCAGCCGUGGGUGAACGGGCAGACGAAUCACGUCUCGUGGGUGAAGGGCCUAUUGGACGGCGUCCACGGGUUCGACAUCGAGCUCGCGCGACUGAGCACAGACAGCCUCAUCUUCCUCGCGUCCAACGUCCCGACGAACAAGAACUUCGGGCUGAACGUCUUCCUGCAAGACGUGCCCGCCGCGGACGACUACUUCCUCGUCUUCCUCAACAGCACGCACGGCGUGACCUACGUCGUCUCGGACCGGUUCACGAUCCUCGACGCCUCCUCCUCCUCCUCCGCGCUCUCCCCGCUCACGACGGCCGCGACGAUCACCAUCUCCGGCGGGCCGAACCCGACCGCGCAGUUCGUGACCACCUUCCCCGCGUCGGCCGCGAGCCGGGUCGAGCUCGGCGCCCGGUGG